UUCCAUCGUCAUCCCAUCGAGUUUGCCCAUCGCCGGCUUGCGAGACAUUGCAUGUUGCUAUCGCUAUACCUCACCAACACCAUUCCCAUCGCCGCCCGUACCUCAUGAUGGCCUCUCGCCUGAUCGCUCCUCUAAGUCGUCUCACCAUGAGCCGUCUACUUCUAGUCUACUGUCUAGUCGGCGUGGCGCAGCUAGUGACCGCCCUAGCUGAAGCGCCGCUGUGAUUCGCUUGUGUGCGCCAAAUACGAUGCGCAUUGGCGUAACUGCGCUGAAUCUUCUUCUGCUGUUGUAUCGACAUGAAACAGAAAGAGAGACUGACUGAACCGACUACUACUGUGUGCUCUUCUCCAUCUACAGCAGGCAAGCGCAACCAGGCCGUCUCCCAUGGAUAACGGGACCUCAGCGACCGAUAUCAUCACCUACGUCGGUAUACCCCUCGCGGUCCUCGGUGUUCUUCCCAUCCUCUACUCGUUCAUCCGCGCGAUACUGACGCAGCGAUCUAUCUGCCGUACACUCAAGCACCAUGGCCUCCUCGAUUCUGCUAUCACGCGUGGUAGUCUCAUGGCCGGCACUGUCGAAGUUGAGCUGCCACGGUGCACAAUAACCCCGCUCGAUCGUGACUUGGACGCCGAAUACUGGAAGCUGAAUGCCCAGCAGGCCUCACUAUUGAAGGGCGGUAGCUGGUCGAUUUUUCAUUGGAACCGCCUCGUCACCGGCAGACAACUAUAUCGAUGCCAGUUCAAGGAAGAAUUGAGGGUGCCGCAGGCAGAUAUUGAUUUUGAGGAUCUGGUCGCCUUUCUGUUGGAUCGGGGCGCCGUUCCAGAUGCCAAAGGCUGGCAUAUGCUCAAAAGCAUUGGACUGUGGACACCGACUGCCACUGCACUGUUGAAGCCCCCAAGGAAUUUGCCAGGAACCGUAUUGAAAGUCGCCCCGCCCGAAGAUUCCGAUGGGGUUUUGAGUCUGCAGCUAUAUUGGCAGUCCGAGUGGGAUUUGAGGAAUGCUGCGAGUUUGCCUCCAUUCUGGAUGAGACUGCAGCAACCCAAACUUGGCAAGGCCUUCUUUGACAAGGAGACGGAGAUGCUUUUUUCUAGCGACUCUAGAGUUUCGGCCAACGAACAAGCUGAUUCAAAACAAGCUGAUUCAGCGACAGAAGAAAACAUCAAACCUCUGAGUCGCGAAGAUACCCUUGUAGCUAGCUCUAUCGCAGAAUCAAAUCGUCCUGCACCGCUCUCUCUCAUUACGUCAAUAGAAGACGCAAAGGCCCUUGUUACCACCGCCCCCAGUGAUAGCGUACGUUUUAAAACCGACGGGGAACAAAUACGCAGUGUUUUAUUUGAAAGCCAUGGUAUUCUAACUGGCGAAAGUCGAGACAUUUGCAAUUUUGGAGGCGAAUAUUCCAGUCUCUGGUUCGUCUGCGCUGCUUCGGUGUUAGGACAAAGCCGAGAGUCUGGAAUCUGGAAUAUUGCCAUACCAGAUAACAUCGUUACUUUUGCCCGGCGCAAGUCGAUCCCCUGCGGGGUGAUGGUUAUACUCGGUAUGCUGAGCGACGAGGACGUGCCUCCAUGGGCUUCUCCACCCCCGACGACUACAGAAACUCCUGCUGAAGUUCAUCAACGAAUGCAGGAGAAUAUGCAUGCUCAUCGUAUGGAAAACGCAAUGCCCCCUGCCCAGGCAGCUGAAGCACGACAAGUUCGAAUGUUACGUGAUUCUCAGCGCUUCCACAUCCAACAUCAGAAGCGAGUGCGGCUGCAAGGAGAAUAUCAAGAACGACGACUCGUCGAAGCCAUCCAAUCCCCCCGACUAGACAAUAAUACAGUUGCAGAGGCUAACUUGGCGUAUCUCGUUCGCGAAGGGAUUGUGCCAGACCACUAUACACUCCUAGAUUUGGUUCACGCGGUUUUGUAUCUCAUGAUUCUUGACCUGAGCCAAGCAAAGCUCAUCGUCGAUAUUUUAGAACGAUGGGCUCUGUGGUGUCAGUUUGGCGGAAUGCAGAAAGUGCAGCUUACGCUGUUGAUGGAGAAUAAAGUCGCCUUCUGCUACGCGUCAGCCUUGGUAGCAAUCAUCCAACAGGCUAGCUCGGGAAGCAGCAACGUGUCGUCGGAUAUGUUGGAGUGUAUCAGGUUAUGGAAGAGAGUAAGACUGGGGUAACUCGAUGUAUA